GCAGAUGGGGCUUGAUCUUGCUGGACAGAUGGAAGUAGCAGCGCCAGAUCAAAACACGAUCCCUCUUUGUGAGAGGCUCAUAGCGGCCCUAAUUCCAGAGGAGGAGGCUGAUUGUGGCAGCUUUGAAAAUGAUGAUCUCAUAAAUGAUGCACAUGGAUCAAGGCUCAAGCUAGAUAGAGAAAUGGAUUUAAAUAGUUUUAGUUGCCAACCACUUCAUAACCAUCGGUAUUCUAGUGCCCUGGGUCUCAAUGGUCACAUGGUAUCUUGCAUUCCUGACCAUGAAGAGCAUGACAAUGAUAUUGUCGACAUGAUAAGGACAGGGAUAAAUUCAGGCUUUGAACAUCCAAUAAAUGGAUUAGUCAGAGACCAAAUAAUGAUGCCGAGCACGGGGCAUUCAGAAGUUAAAUAUGAUUGCAUGAGUAUAGAUGAAAGACUUAUCCUGGAGGUUCACAGUAUUGCGCUCUUCCCUGAGGCCAUGCCUCAUGGUGAGCAAAUGGAGAGGAAAGGAGUCAAUGAUGAGAUCAUGCAAUUAGUGGAGAAAUACCACAUGCAGGUAUCCAAGAACAAAGGUUUUUUGGAAAGACUGAUCAAGGUUGCUGCAGAAACAAAAGAAACUCAAGAAAAGGAGUUCGAACAACAUGCGAUGGAGAAGCUCGUAGAAAUGGCUUACAAGAAGUAUAUGAUGUGUGGGGGUUCAAAUCCCACCAGUGGGAAGAGUUCAACCAACAAGAUGGCCAAGCAAGCUGCUUUGGCAUUUGUUAAACGUACGUUAGACCGGUGCAAACAAUAUGAAAAGACUGGCAAGAGCUGCUUCAGUGAGCCCUUGUUUAGGGAUAUCUUUCUGAGUGGGACUUCUCGUCGAACAGUUUUCGAAGCUUCCAAGGGUUCACAGCAAAGUCCUUCCGUGUCCCUUAUUGGUCAAAAAAUGGAUAAUUGUGACAUGAAUUCCAUGGACGUGCCACUGCCUGGAAAUCUUGUGGCUGAACAAAGCACUGGUAAAGAAGAUUUAUGCUUCAAUAGAGUAAAGAAGAGGGAAUUGUCGCUCCAUGAGGUUGUAGGUGGUACAAUUGGAAAUUCUUCCACUUCACCAUCAGUCCUUGGAACUUCUCUAUCUAGCAGCACUAAAGGAAAGAGGAGUGAGAGGGACAGAGAAGGAAAGGUGCUAUCUAGAACGGGAAAUAAUAAAAGCAAUCGAUCAGCAGUAUUUACUGCCAAGGGAGAAAGAAAAUCUAAAAGCGAAGCCCAAGCAGAAAAUGACUCAAUUAUCGGUAUCUAUCAAUGGACUUCUUGGAACAUCAGAACAGCCAAAAUCAACAUUGCCUUCUGGUUCCAAGGUCUGCAGCUACCAGGAAUUGAUGAACUUGGUGUUUCCGAUGAUUUGGAUAACCAUGGCCAAGACCUUGCUUCAUGGUUGAACAUUGAUGAUGAUAAUCUGCAAGAGAAUGACUUUAUGGGGCUUGAAAUUCCUAUGGAUGAUCUUUCAGACGUAAAUAUGAUGGUUUGAAGUUGUUUCUCUGUAUAGUCUUAUUAAUUAUACUGUUGACAAAAAGACACAAACUGCAGUUGUUAAAGGAACAACCUACUUUGAAGGGGUGCAAUCAAGUCAACAAAAUUAGGUUAUAUAGAU